AUGAGUUGCUGGGAUGAAGAUCCAGACAAAAGACCAAGUUUCGAAGCCUUGCAAACUGAGUUGUUGCAGUUGAUUGGUGGAGGACUACACGUUUCUUCAGUCUCUUCAAUAACAACAGAUCCAAACUAUGACGUCUGUCUGUCAGUUGAUGAACAAACAGCAGGGUUCUCAAAUUAUCAAAACGCUUCCACGAUUCCGUUAGAAAUCUCUAAACAAAACACCAAAGGGCGUGACCAAGUCAGGGCUUAUGUCAAUGAUGAAAUUGGGGUUAUGCCCAUUUUUAAUUUUUCCGAAAGAAAGACCAUCCUGAAUGUCUUUAUCACAAUACCAGCAUGUUACUCUCAAAAAGAUCGAUCAGAACCUAUGCCAGUGGCUCAAUCUCACCAAGGUUUACAUAGACAUUUUUCUUAACUCAGAGGAGAAGACACAGAAUAUGACUAGAACAGGGCUGUGUGGGGCAUGCAACAAUAAGUUCUGUUUGAUUGUAUGUAAACAAUGAUA